AUGGGCGGGCAUACUCUGACUGCGCGAUCGUUGAAUCUCCAUGAAGGUCGAUUCAAUUGGGUCUUCCUCUUCUGGUAUAUCGUCUCCUCUGCAUUAGCUAUCUUGUUCCUCUUCUAUUUCAAUCGCCUCUUCGCUAGUUUUGCGCUUCAGUUCUCACUUCUGGCGGGUCGCAUAUUUUUCAAAGGCUUGCGCUACCACGGUCAAAACGAGUCCAUUUUAAUCCAUGAUGGCUAUAUCACAUGGAGAUAUUGGCUACGUCAUGUCCAGGAGCUUGACUGCAAGAACUCGAAUGGAGGAUCUAAGGCACCUGCGCCCUCAGAUAACGACUCUAAUCCCGCUGAUGGAGGAAGGACUAACGGAGGGGCAGAGGAGAAUGGCGGGAAUGGAAGGUCUCGGCGGCUGCCCUGCAGAGUGCUUGUGAAAAGUCGAGGUGUAGAAUGGUUCAUCUACAAUCGGAGCCCAGCGUAUGACGCCAUCCUUCAAAGCAUGAAAAGUCAAGAAGAAUUGGACCACACCAGGGCUAGUCCCUCGGCCCAAAGGCCGGCGGAAACAAGCAAGCCGGAUUCGACCCCCAAGGACCGCAGCAGCGCUGACUCGUUCCAUGAAGAGGACGCGCUCUCAUCGGUUGAGGAAAAGGAGGAAAAGGAGGGCCAAGAUGAUGACACUGUUGCUGAUUCGGAUUCGAAAUCAAUAAUUACCGACAGCUCUGCUCAUUAUUCGACUACGACAUCUAGCGCGCUGCCCGGUUUACUGCAUAUGCUUCCAGUUGGAAUUGAAUGUAACAAAGGCGCUGUUGUAAUGGGAAACCGGAACACGCGUUCGAUCCUCACCGCCAAGUUUGACAGCGCCGCUGGGCAAAUCGACGCUCGGACUUCUGGAGCUGUUGAUCAGUACAAACAGGUGUUUGAUUUCGCCUUCUUUCAUCCCGUGAUUGAGUUCAAGCACAAUAAAGACUUCACGGAGUCGCAGACGAGCGAAGGAGCUAAAUUUCUUUCGAGGAGCAGUAGAGCGUUCGAGGAAAAAACCCAAUGGUUUAGACGUGUAGAUCACAGGAGGCGAUUUCGCGACAUUUGGAUCUCAUUUCGUGACCUUUUGCCUUAUCACAGAGGUUCUGUGGAGUCACUGACUCAUCCGCACCCAAAGUCAGGCGGCGCUCACAAAUCGAGUGACGACGAUGCUGGCGUCUUCGGGCAGAAUCGGUGGCUGGGACUUACUCGAUAUCUGGACGAUGAUGAUGACCUGAUCGAACAGGAACGUUGGAAAGCAAUCGACUAUGGCGCAUUUCCUACUAUCGUUGACUCGCCGCAAAUUUCGAUGAGUAUUUAUUGGGAUGUUCCUGGUCUGGUUCCGCACCUAGAGAGUAAUCGUAAUCCUCCACCUGGGUUCGAGACAGACAUCAAUGGGGACACUCCCCCUGACUGGGGUAUAGAGCUGAAGGUUCGAGGGGGGAUUAUUAGCUACGGUCCGUGGGCUGAUAGACAGCGUGCGGAUUUGCAGGCAGUAUUCUUUCCGACGCUCUACAAAGAUGCUGUCCCCGCCGCAAAGCUACGACCCGGACAGCCUCGAGUUAGCACUGUGCUGAAAGUUGUGCUCGAGAUAGAGGAACAGACUACACUCCGAGUGCCAACGCGAGAAGAUUCCAAAGACUGGAAAUGGAAAGGACGUACAGUCGCCUCAAGUGCGGCGGAGGCCAAACGAAAGAAAAUGAAAGGCCAUGCCAAGACCAAUAAGGGCAUGAAAGCGAGCCUUUCUCCGGAAGCACGCCCUUUUGGCUGGCUAGACAUCAAAGUCCUGCCUGAUUCAACAGUCAGUUUCGCUAUGGAUCUAGUGGCCAGUUCCAGUGGAUACAUGAAUCACGUCGAUUUAGAUCUCAAAGGAGUUGAAAUGUCGUCAAGUGUCAAUCACGGCCUGCUUUGGCGGUCCCAGUCGCAGGUCGUAUCCUGUGAUCUUUCCAAUCCUUUGCGCUGGAAUGCUUUGCGUCAGUGGCACGUGGAUAUUAAAGGCAAUGGCUUAGAGCUAUUUAUGCUCCGUGAUCAUAUGUUCUUGUUGACUGACCUCGUCAACGACUGGACUUCCGGUCCUCUGGGAGAGUUUCAUACCUUCGUUCCGUUCGAAUACUCCAUUAGUCUACGUUUCGCUGAUUUCAAGUUAUAUCUCAAUGCUAAUGAUUCAAACAUAGUCAACAACCCAUCAGAUCUCGAUGACAACACUUUCGUUAUCGUUUGGGGUCAGAAACUGAAAGCUGAUCUCGUGAUUCCCUCGAAGAAUUUCCGUCCUGCAAAAAAUCGAGUAACGUUUAACAUUGAGGCUACGGACGGAGGAUUCGAGCUUCGGACCCCACCGCGCAAUACGCAGCACACCUACCUAGAUAGUCCAGAUGUCGCCACUCUGAAGGAUCUCAAGAUAGAUGGAUCGUAUAAUUACUUCACCACUACGUCACCCAGCUUGACGGACAUUCUUCUCCUAAAUGUGCUUGGUGUAGCGCCCCAGUUUGAUCUGUAUGGUUUCCUGAUACGAUACCUCAUGAAGAUCAAAGACAACUACUUCGGCGACGACAUACAUUUUCGCACUUUAGAAGAGUAUCAGAGUCAGAUCAAUACAACCGAAGGAAAGAAUUUGGAUGAUCCAGCUUCUGGACAGCACAGCCGCCUCAGCAACGACCUAGAUGUUAUUCUGGGUGUUGCUGCAGAGGAUUCAUGUGUCCUUCUCCCCGCCCAUCUCUACUCGUCCGAAAGGAAUGUUAGGCUCGAGAUCCCAUCGAUAGUCGCGGACCUUCGUAUCACAAAUUAUUACAUGGAUCUUGCCAUCACGUUUAGCCCUAUUGCAAUCUCGCACACGUCUCUUUUUGGCCUUCGCCAACCCGAUCCUGAAGCCUAUUCGAGUACACAAGUGUUCAUUGAUGGUCUUGAGGUCUUUGGUCAUCGACUGUUCGGCUUGCCUCCUACUGAGCCAACAUAUGUCUGCAAUUGGGACUUUGACAUUGGAUACGUACGAGGUGAAUGUACGGUCGACUUCUUGCACUGUCUCUCAAUGGCACUCAGAUGUUUCACCUUGUCGUUCGACGACGCUGAGAAUGCCCUGCCCCCUCUGAAUCCACCAACAAUACACGACGCUACAUUUUUGCGUGCUCGAGUACGACCGAUCCUCGUUGGACUACGGAUCGACCAAACGGCCUUCCUUCUGAGUACUCAAGAGGUGAAAUUUGAAUACAAUGACUGGGCCAGGUCACAGUUCUCCGAUCGCUUGUACGUCCUUGUGCCAGAUUUGGCUCUGAGUGUAAUGGAUGCACAUGGGGUCUCAGUCGACCGAGGCCUCCAGAAAUCCGUCGCCAAUACUCAUGCAUACGUGAAAUUGACAUUGGAAAUGAGUAAAGUCAAGCGUAAGCUGAACUUCAAUGCGGACCGUCAGCUGCAACAAAACCACAUUGCCCUGCACGAUUCAAGAACACGUCGAGUUCCGUGGCUGGUCCUCGAACAGGACCCACCUGGUGCUUCGAGCAGUCGACCGACAAAGCAUAGGCCACCCGCAAUGACGUUUCCCUCCAUGCCCGAACCAGUAUCAACACCAGUUGAUAUGACGGCUGAUGAAGAUUCCACAAUAUCGGGCACAGGCUUGUCGACAAAAGCGUCUAGCCGUAGAGUUUCAUUCCUAAGCACAGCCUCGUCAAGACAAGGCAUGGUUGGUAAACGCGAUAGUGGCAAUAGAACAUUGCAUCGCCAGGAACGGCAUGCAAGGAGUCCGCAUUUACGCUCCCAGGGCACGGAAUAUCAUCCCACAGUCGAAAGCCGGGUGAGUAAGGAAGCUAUUUCACCCCUAGGACAGCAAGACUCUCACAUCGACUCUUCAGUGAAGCAAGCUUAUUUCGCUCGCUCGGGGCUGGCUUUCAGUAGUCCGUACAGACAACCAUAUUUCCCUCUCCUUGCGGUACAACCAGACAUUAGCGAUGUACCAAUUUCGCCGAAGCACUUGCCCUUUGACGCAUUCGUGACCGAUAGCAAUGCGUCGAACAUUCCGAGGCCUCACAUCUCCGAUCAAGGGACGGAACAGUCCAGCUUCAUGGUGAAUUUAGGCCGAGGCGUUCAGACUUUGUGUACACCUAAAGCACUUCUGGUGGUGACUCAGUUGCUUGCACGGUUUCAGACUACCGACGUAGUGGCCCUUUUAGACACUUUGCAGCUUGAUGCAAUGACAGACGUUUUGAGUGCCGAAGCAAAAUGCACGGAAGGCGUCCACAUCUCGGACGUCAGGAUCUUUGUGCCUUCGGUAGGUGUGAGAUUUAUCAGCACAAACAACAGCAAGCCAAAUGAUCCCAAGCGCAAUGAGCGUUACGAUGUGAUCCUAGAGAACCUUGCUGUGACCGCAAGAUCCUCCGAAAACUUCUCUAACAUCUCGCCGUCUUCCCUGGGUUCUCAAUCUUCCUUCCACAUAGUCCUUGAUAAAAUGAUCUGCUCAGCGAGGGAAUCCAGGAGCAACAACGCAGAAGAUCAAGCCAUCAUAAGCCUUUCUAUUCGGGACCCAGUGGCGUGGAUGUGGCGUGGCACGAGCUCAGCUGCUGAAUUGCAGUUCCGGACCCUUGAGAUAGAGAGCGCAAGCAGGAAAGUCAAUUACAUCUCAUCGCUAGUCCAGCAGACUUUAGUCAUGUCCGAGGACUUCGUCCAGCGUUUCAGGAAGAUCGAGACCGAGCGAAAGUCCCGCCUUCGGCUACUGGUGCUACUACUUACUGUUGAGGGAAAAGAUGUCCCAGAUCCGCCAUUCCUGACUAGGGCUUCAUCUGUAUUGCGUAGCGCGUCUCACCAUCUUAGGACUAGCGACUCCUGGAAAAUGAUGUCUCGUCUUCGCUAUCUACAUUGUUGUCUGCCAGCUCAUUCUCGAGACAAGAUCCACGCGCAAUGUGUCCAUAAAUUGGCUUCGUGCCCGGAGGAUGCUGGAAGUCGGGUCAUCGCGAGCUUCGACCACUGGCGUACGUGGGACUUGGCGCAUGUACGAUCAAGUCUCUUGAUGCAAAAAGUGUUCGGUCAGUUGUUGACUCCACCUGCACGAGAGCUCCAAAUGCCGGUGCCUACCAAAGCUACUCUUCGGGCAGGAGCUAUCCAGAUCCUUGUCGAGCCAGGGCCGAGUCAAAAUAAAGUGGCCUUCGAUGAACUUAUCAUCGGCGCUGCUCUACACCAACCCAAUAUACCCCAAGGUGUCUCUUCUACGUUGCAGCCGUCACCUUCGACAAGGUCAACGAUUCAAGUACACUGUGCCAAGGUCGCCGUCCGUCUACAUUGGGCUUUGUUGGAGCUUAUUGAAGACCUGAUAGAAACUAUCCAAAUUACACAGAUCCCAUAUCGGAAGAACACAAGCAGCCUUGAAGCAGCUUCUCGUUUACCACCCCAAGACUCGUGCUUGCACCUUGCAGUGUCCUCCGACGUCAGCAUUCUCACUUUGGAUUCGAAUAAUCUUAAUAUAAUAUCGCUCUGCCAAGGCCUCCGCGUCUCCAUCGUCUCCUUGCAAGAGGGCGCUGACUCGAGAAUAUCGCUAUUAAGUGUACUCGUGGAUGCCGAUGCAGCGACCUCGGAGAUCCAGCGUCGGUCUACGAAGUUGACUCUAUACAAGCUGCGACAGCCAAAAGUCUUUGGCUCUAAAGAUGGCGCAAUAGACAGAACCGCCGAGAAACCGUGGAAAGUUGUUGGCUCCGGCGAAGACGUGACUUUCUCAAUUUUGGCGAAUCCGUUAGAGCUGAUCGAGGUUGCCGACAGCGUCUUGAAACACGAAGUGGCACACAUCACCCAAUGGGCGAAAUCUCUACAGCUUGCUAGUUCUCCUGUCCAAUCGAAAUUCGCCCACCAACAUCCUGAGGGCCUUCUCCAAGUCCAUGUCGCUUUGUCCCUUGACUCUUAUCUGAUAAGUCUUAAUAUGUUGCCAUCUUUGACGUAUCAAAUUCGUGGUGAAGGAGCUCGCACUUCGCUCAGAUCAGCGCUGCGUGGAAGAUAUGACUCUGUACUUGAUAUCGAUCUCAAGCAGCAUUUCCACAUCUUCAAAUCCUCGGUGAACGAUCUGUCGAAUGAGCUGUCCACUUUGCACAUGCCCCCGGUCAACGUUCGUCUUAGUAUUAAUCUAGACCCAAGCCAGAGGUCAGUGGUAUUCAGUGCUCUGGUGGAAAGCAUUGUCUUUAAUGCAUCGGCUGUGCAUGCCAUACUCACUACUGUCAAUCGACCGGAAAUGGCCAGCCUUGGAGAGAACAUAAGGGAGGGUGCCUCGUCAAUUCAAGAUCGUUGUAAGCAAAUCUUCGGCACAACGAAGUCUCGCAAUGAAAUCUUGUCAACGGAGCCAUUUCUGUACAAUGGGUAUGUUACUUUAUUGAGUCUGGCAGUACAAGCCAAUACAUCAGACGCUUUGUCUGCUGCACCGGGAGCCCAAUUGCAGAUAACGAUGGGCCGUAUAUCACUAAAAACAACGAACAGAAAUUUGGGCCAUGGAGCCGUAAUGAGGUUUCCCGAAGCGGAGGUUCAAUUCAAGGGCAUACAGCUGAAGCUCUUGCGCUUUGAUAAUGACGAAGUACGUGCGUGUGGUAAUGUAGCAAUUGGGGCUGUCAUGAGAAGCACGUCGAAGCCAAAUGACCAAGGUGAAUUCGUCCGUGCCUUCCAAAUCCAAAGUAGCAGCCUCCAGAUCAAUGUGUAUACCGACACCGCUUCUGUUGCAGUGGCCAUACUUGCUAAUCUGCAAGAUACCCUCAAGACUGUGGAUUUGUCACAUGAAGUCCAAAAUCUGAGAAGGUUGAGGCAUGCAAGACUGCGCAGGAAUGCUGCAGAUCAUGGUACUGUCCGGAAAGACGAACGUCAUGGUAAUGCGGAAAGGGCUGCUCUUUUCAGUUCGAUGUAUUCUUUGGAGAUGACAAACAUUUGUGUCGCGUGGAAGAUCGGAAGCUCUAUUCCCAUUUCUCCAGGUCGGGAGCCUGAGGAUCUUAUCCUUUCCUUCGCCAAAAUUGACCUUUCCACCAAGAAGGACAAUGCGGCUCGCCUGCUCAUUCAGGACUUUCAGCUGCAAAUGGUCCCUCAUUCAAAAUCAUCGACGGUUCGAUCCCAAAACUCAGCCCUUCUGCCAGAAGUAGUCUUCAACGUGGCCUACGUAUCCACAGGACAAGACCGCAGACUAGCGUUCCAAGCUGCCGGCAAAUCACUGGACCUUCGGCUAACAUCCCAUUUCAUUCUGCCGGCGAGCGAUCUGCGACGUUCCAUUGCCUUGUCAAUUCAGCAAGUGCGAACAGCGACGUCCGAUUGGAAUGCAUCUGCUACUACGGGUGGCGGUCAGAGAAAGGCGUUGUUGAGCGACAAAAAGCUUGCUUCACUUCUUGUAGAUGCCGAUUUUGCAGGUGCCGUGGUAUUUGUACAAGGCCGAAGCCUUGUAGACGCCCAUUCACUGGCUCUCAAUGUCCUUCGAGGCGUGCGGCUUCCACAGCACGGUCGUUACAAUCAAUUCACCCCAGACAAUGCAAACAACAGCAGUACAACCCUGCGCGCGCCUGGGAUCGCCUUUAAGGUCGAGUAUCGAAACGGAGGGCCCAAUGAUCAAUCUCUCAAUGCGGAAAUGAAGAUCGAUGCAUCUUCAAAUAUCUUGUAUCCGACCGUUGUGCCUUUGAUCAUGGAAAUUUCAUCAAGUAUCAAGGACGUCGUUGGAGACUCUGGCGUACAAGAACAGGCGGCCAAGCCUAGCCUCCCUCAGCCGAAGUUCCUUGGCGAUGAGAGACUCCGCGGCGCAGAUCCCGUUGCCAUUUUUGGUAAUUGCAAACUCAACUUGGGUCUUCGCAUCUGCGGGCAGGAAUUCAGCCUAAGCUGCCAGCCUAUUGCACGUGUUGCAGCGACUGCACGUUUCGAUGAUAUCUAUAUCACUGUCAAUACUGUCCAGUCAAAUGAGCACGGGAGAUUCUUUACGGUGUCUGCUGCUUUUACUAGGCUACAUGCAUCUGUACAGCAUGUCUACUCGCGAGAGUCAACCGGCAAUUUCGAGGUCAAUUCGAUUGUCGUGUCUUUAAUGAACAGCAAGCACGUUAGCAACGCCAAUGGCAUUUCUGCAAUUCUCAACAUCAGCCCGAUGAAAGCACAGGUCAACGCGAAACAGUCACAGGACUUCUUGCUGUUCCGAGAAAUAUGGGUGCCUCCAGAGAUCCGACGAUCUGCUUCCGCUGCUGCGCCGGUGCCGGCAUCAGAAUCUCAGGCCUUCAUUGUGCAACGCUACCAGCACAUCGCUGCGGCGGGUGCGUUCCCCUGGAACGCCACUGUCUCCAUUGCUGAGCUCGACGUUCAGCUGGAUCUGGGACAGUCGCUCGGUAAAUCUGCUUUCAUCAUCACCGGCUUCUGGAUCUCGUCCAAGAAGACGUCAGAUUGGGAGCAGAAUUUAUGUAUAGGGUUCGAAAAGGUGGCAAUUAACAGCACUGGCAGAAUGAGUGGCUUCGUCGAACUGCAAAAUUUCAGGGUUCGCACAUCAAUACAAUGGCCGAUUGUAGAAAGGGCGCACAAUCAGACGCCUUUGGUACAAGCUUCUCUGGCCUUUGAUGGUCUGCGAGUCAAGGCUUCGUUCGACUAUCAGGUCUUCUUGAUCGCAGAUAUCACUAUUUUCGAGUUCCUCAUGUACAACGUCAGGGACCUCCAGCACGUCGGCCGUGACAGACUGGUCGGCGUUCUUGAUGGGAACAAAGUGCAGGUAUUUUGCACCACGACCAGCGCUUCACAAGCCAUUGCUUUAUACCAAGCGUUUCAGCGACUAUAUCAGGAAAAGUUAACGGCGUAUGAGACAUCUCUUAGAGACAUUGAGAAGUUCCUGCGUCGAAAAUCUUCUAUCAACCCAUUGGCUAUGCGUGCAGCUGUAAAGAGGCAAGGGGAGACUGGCGCAGAAGUCAACAGAUCGCCCCUGCGGCUGCAAACCAAUGUGGUAGUGACGCUCAAGUCAGUCAACAUUGGAGCUUUCCCCAGCACCUUCGUCGACAGUCAAAUCCUCAAAUUGGAAGCGUUCGAUGCUUCAGCUCGCUUUGCGGUUGUCCUAGAAGACGAAAAGAUCCAUUCCACCCUUGGCAUGACACUGGGGCAACUUCGCGUCGCACUCGCGAACGUCACUCGGGCUAGCGUUCCGAAGAUAUUGGGUGAAGUCUCGAUGGUAGACGUUGUGGCCUCUGCAACAAAUUCGGGGGGUGGUACCAUUCUAAAAGUGCCAAAAGUGGUAGCGAGUAUGGAGACAUGGCAGAGCCCUGAAUCGACCCACAUCGAUUACAUAUUCAAAAGCUCUUUUCAAGGCAAGGUCGAUGUGGGCUGGAACUACUCGCGGAUUAGCUACAUUCGAGGUAUGUGGACCAGUCACGCCCGUUCAUUGGCACAGCGCCUAGGGAAACCUCUACCACAGUCCGCUGUCCAAAUAACAGGCGGACCUCGGCUCGAAGGAGAAGAUGAAAGUCGGAGACCUGGUGAGGGCGAACAAGAGAAAAUUACAGCAGUUGUCAAUGUGCCUCAAUCGAAGUAUCAGUACACAGCUCUACAGCCACCUAUCAUUGAGACACCGCAGUUGAGGGAUAUGGGCGAAGCGACGCCACCGCUGGAGUGGAUUGGACUUCAUAGAGAGAGGUUACCAAACCUGACUCACCAGAUAGUCAUCGUGACACUUCUAGAAGUAGCCAAGGAAGUCGAGCGAGCCCUCGAUCCUUCACAGCGGGGUAAUACCUCAUACACAAAUAUCGAAGCCGUUCAGAAGAAAUCCGCCAAGAUGGUCAACUUUACCGUGGAAGAGAUCCGUGCGCUCAUGGACAAGCCGGCAAAUAUCCGAAACAUGUCGGUCAUUGCCCAUGUCGACCACGGAAAAUCCACCCUUACCGAUUCCCUAGUCCAGCGCGCCGGUAUUAUCUCCGCCGCCAAAGCAGGGGAGCAGCGUUUUACGGAUACCCGCAAGGAUGAGCAGGAUCGAUGCAUUACCAUCAAGUCAACUGCCAUCUCCCUUUACUCCCAUAUGGCCGAUGAGGAUGAUCUAAAGGAUAUCCCUCAAAAGGUCGAGGGAAACGAUUUCCUGAUCAACUUGAUUGAUUCACCCGGCCACGUUGAUUUCUCUUCUGAAGUUACUGCUGCUCUCCGUGUCACCGACGGUGCUCUCGUUGUGGUCGACUGUGUCGAAGGUGUGUGCGUCCAAACCGAGACCGUCCUUCGACAGGCCCUUGGUGAGCGUAUCAAACCUGUUUGUAUUGUCAACAAGGUCGACCGCGCCCUUCUUGAGCUCCAGGUCUCGAAAGAGGACUUGUACCAAUCCUUUUCAAGAACCAUCGAGUCCGUCAACGUGGUCAUUUCCACAUACUUUGACAAAGCACUUGGAGAUGUUCAGGUCCAGCCGUAUCAGGGCACUGUGGCUUUCGGGUCCGGUCUUCACGGAUGGGGUUUCACUGUCCGCCAAUUCGCCGUCAAAUAUGCCAAGAAAUUCGGUGUGGACAAGUCCAAGAUGAUGGAGCGUCUAUGGGGCGACAACUACUUCAACCCAAAGACCAAGAAAUGGACCAAAGUUGGGGAGCACGAAGGCCAACCUCUAGAGCGUGCCUUCAAUCAAUUUAUCCUGGACCCAAUUUUUAAGAUCUUCGGCGCUAUCAUGAACUUCAAGAAGGACGAGAUCCCAACUCUGUUGGCGAAGCUCGAAAUCAAGCUUUCUGGUGAAGAGAAAGAUUUGGAGGGCAAGCAGCUUCUCAAAGUCGUCAUGCGCAAAUUCUUGCCUGCUGCAGACGCUCUCCUGGAGAUGAUGGUUAUUCACCUGCCGUCUCCCGUGACUGCCCAGAAAUACCGGGCGGCAACACUCUACGAAGGUCCUUCUGAUGAUGAGUCGUGUAUUGGCAUUCGAGACUGCGAUCCCAAGGCCCCACUCAUGCUUUACGUUUCAAAGAUGGUUCCGACCUCUGACAAGGGUCGUUUCUAUGCCUUUGGACGUGUUUUCUCCGGCACAGUGAGAUCUGGCUUGAAAGUCCGUAUCCAAGGCCCCAACUACAUCCCUGGUAAAAAGGAGGACUUGUUCAUCAAGGCCAUUCAACGCACCAUUCUCAUGAUGGGCCGCAACAUUGAGCCAAUUGAAGACGUUCCAGCUGGUAACAUUCUUGGAUUGGUCGGUGUAGACCAGUUCCUGCUCAAGUCUGGUACUCUCACAACAUCGGAGACCGCCCACAACCUCAGAGUCAUGAAGUUCUCUGUUUCACCUGUAGUGCAGCGAUCCGUGGAAGUGAAGAACGCCAAUGAUCUGCCAAAGCUUGUGGAAGGUCUCAAGCGCCUUUCGAAGUCAGACCCCUGCGUCCUAGCCUUCAUCAAUGAGGCAGGUGAGCACAUUGUAGCUGGUGCUGGAGAAUUGCAUCUGGAGAUUUGCCUCAAAGAUCUGGAAGAAGAUCAUGCCGGUAUCCCUCUCCGUGUCUCAGAUCCUGUCGUGUCCUACCGUGAAUCUGUCGGUGGAGUUUCAAGUAUGACAGCCUUAUCGAAGUCGCCAAAUAAGCACAAUCGUCUGUAUGUCACGGCACAGCCAUUGGAGGAAGAGGUCUCCAGAGACAUCGAGUCUGGCAAAAUCAGUCCCCGUGACGAUAUCAAGGCUCGUGCUCGUGUUUUGGCCGAUGACCAUGGCUGGGACGUUACGGAUGCACGAAAGAUUUGGUGUUUCGGACCUGAGACGACUGGCGCCAAUUUGCUCGUUGAUCAAACCAAAGCUGUGCAAUACCUGAACGAAAUCAAGGAUUCCGUCGUCUCCGGCUUCCAAUGGGCGACGAAGGAAGGUCCUGUUGCUGAGGAGCCUAUGCGCUCGGUCCGUUUCAAUAUUAUGGACGUCACACUACACGCUGACGCUAUCCACCGUGGUGGUGGGCAGCUGAUUCCUACUACCCGGCGUGUGCUAUACGCUGCAGCUCUCCUUGCCGAGCCUGGUAUCCUUGAGCCCGUUUACUUGGUUGAGAUUCAGGUCCCCGAGCAAGCCAUGGGCGGUAUCUAUGGUGUGCUUACCCGAAGACGAGGCCACGUCUUCUCAGAAGAGCAGCGACCCGGAACACCUCUUUUCAAUGUCAAGGCCUACUUGCCCGUCAAUGAAUCUUUCGGCUUCACCGCUGACUUGCGCUCGCAUACUGGUGGGCAGGCCUUCCCUCAAUGCGUGUUCGACCAUUGGCAGAUCUUACCUGGUGGUUCGCCUCUUGAUCCGUCCACAAAGCCAGGUCAGAUUGUGCAGACGAUGCGAAAGAGAAAGGGUAUCAAGGAAGUCGUGCCUGGUGUUGAGAACUACUACGACAAGCUAUAG